CGGGAUUAAAAUUAACUGUCACUGGUGGAAAAAUAGGAAUACUGUAGUACUUGCACAAUGAAAAUCUCUCUGCUAUGUUUUUAUAAGCAGUAAUAGGUCAUCUUCCUAAUAAAGGCUUAAUUAACAUACCAGCUUUGUACAUCUAGUAAUUGGUAGGUUAACUCUUAUAAUAAUAUGCAUGGAGUUGUCAUGUUUUGAACUGAAACAUAGAACAUUAUAAUUUUCUUGGCAUAACAUUAUGGUAUAUAUGCACAUUUAACUAUGCACCCAUUUGGUCCAAUAAGAAGCUCCCAGAGGGUUUAUAAUUCUUCAGCUCUCAAGUUCUUCAACAAGGCUGCGCAAUAUCUCUAAUAAAUGUCCAGGUUCUCUUCUUUUAAUCUCGAUUAUCACAUUCUUAUAUCAUCAUCAAUGCACAUGAUGCUUUCCUGGGUUUACAAAGGUAAAUAUUCUUGUAUUCCACACACAUACAAAGGCACCUAAAGAUGCACACACACUCUUACACAUCUCUAAACCCACUCCAUUAAAUUCAUCAGAAUCCCCCCCCAAUUAUUAUUACGCAUAGUAGAGCGAAUGGAGCUUUUAAAAGAAGCCGAUUUCCAUUUUUCUUUACAACAGAAGUUUCAACAAUUGUACUACUUUGGGGAUAGUCUUGGUGGUGUUUUACGAAUGGUACACAGAGUCAGGGUUACAGAGAUCACGUCGUUUGCUGGUAGAUAACGCACGUCUCCCACAAACACAAGGUCCCAGAAAGAACUGGGAAAGUUGUUCUCGAAGUAUACCGGAGACUAGUAAAAAUAAGGCAGCGCCAGAUAAGUAGAUCGGUGACUUCGCACGUUAUAAAGCGGCUUUUGAGAAAAUAGGGCAAAUCAGUCGCAACAGCACCUUGUUCUUCUCAGCCCGACUGAAUCUCCUAUCGGAACGGCGCUUUCUGCCCCUUUCUGCCAAUGCGAUGUAUGGUGCAUCUAUGAGCCGGUUUGCUUGAGAGGAACGGGGAAUAGUGGUUUUUACAGGCGCUCUCGCUAAGCUUCUCCGCUCAAAGGGGAAGUGUCGUAAAAGCCCAUUUUAUUUGCAGGGUGGCCUCCGGCGGACCCCUCAACGGAUAAAAUCGUGUGUGUAUGUGUUUUGUUGUGUGUGAAUUAGAAUCGUCAGAAUCAGCUCGGAGGGAAGAGUUCCAUUUGGGCGAAGGCCGGGAGAUCCGUCCACUCGCGAUUUGUCCCUCGGCGGCAUCCAUACGCCAGCCCUUUGCCGGGAAGUCGGCCGCGGAGCGGAGCCGCCGCGUCAGCAGCGCCGCUCCUUGGGUGCCAAGGAGGGGCAGUCCAGGUCCAGGUCCUGCUCCCAAUCCCGGGGCGCCGAGCGGGAGGCGGAGAUAGUCAGAGCUGGAGACCUUCCCAUACUCCCUACGCCCCACCCCGGCCCUUGCAGGGAUGUGACCCGUUGAGCCACAGGGGAAGUGCCCGUCUCUGGGGGAAGUGGGUCUCCCCAUCGGGGGAGCAGGCGAGGGGGUCCCUCGCUCGCGACCGGCGCAUGCGCCAUGGCCUCGGUGAAGGUGGCUGUCAGAGUCAGGCCCAUAAACCGCAGGGAACAGGAGCUGGAUGCUAAGUUUAUUAUUUCAAUGGAGAAAAAUCAAACACAAAUCACAAACUUAAAGAUCCCAGAGGGAGGAACUGGGGACUUGGGAAGAGAACGAACAAAAACAUUUACAUAUGAUUUCUCCUACUUCUCAGCUGAUCCUGAAAGUUCAAACUAUGCAUCUCAGGAAAUGGUAUUUAACAACCUUGGAAUUGAUGUCCUCCAAUCUGCCUUUGAAGGUUAUAAUGCUUGUAUUUUUGCCUAUGGACAGACUGGAUCUGGGAAGUCUUAUACAAUGAUGGGAAAUCCUGGAGAUACUGGUUUAAUACCUCGGAUCUGUGAAGGAUUAUUCAAACGAGUAAAUGAGAAAACAAGAUGGAAUGAAGCCUCCUUUCGGACAGAGGUCAGUUACCUGGAAAUUUACAAUGAGCGAGUCAGGGAUUUACUGAGGCGCAAGUCUUCAAAAACAAAUAAUUUAAGAAUUCGUGAACAUCCAAAGGAGGGACCUUAUGUUGAAGAUCUGUCAAAACACUUAGUACAAAAUUAUAGUGAUGUAGAGGAACUUAUGGAGGGAGGGAAUAUAAAUAGAACCACUGCUGCAACUGGAAUGAAUGAUGUUAGCAGCAGAUCCCAUGCCAUUUUCACAAUCAAUUUCACUCAGGCUAAGUUUGACACUGAAAUGCCAUGCGAGACUGUCAGCAAGAUACAUUUGGUAGACUUAGCUGGAAGUGAGAGAGCAGAUGCCACUGGUGCCACAGGUGUCAGAUUAAAAGAAGGAGGAAAUAUAAACAAAUCCCUAGUUACUCUGGGAAAUGUAAUUUCUGCCUUAGCUGAUAUAUCUCAGGAUGCCUCAAACCCUCUUAUAAAGAAAAAACAAGUAUUUGUGCCUUACAGGGAUUCUGUGUUGACAUGGCUUUUGAAAGAUAGCCUAGGAGGAAAUUCUAAAACAAUAAUGAUUGCAACUAUAUCACCUGCUGAUGUCAAUUAUGGAGAAACAUUGAGCACCCUUCGCUAUGCAAACCGAGCUAAAAACAUAAUCAACAAACCUACCAUUAAUGAAGAUCCGAACGUCAAGCUAAUUCGUGAGCUACGAGCUGAAAUUGCCAGACUGAAAACUCUGCUUGCUCAGGGGAACCAGAUUGCACUUCUAGAUUCUCCAACAGCUUUGAGUAUGGAAGAAAAACUGCAACAGAAUGAAGCACGGGUGCAAGAGCUUACCAAAGAGUGGACCAAUAAGUGGAAUGAAACUCAAAAUAUUUUAAAAGAGCAAACUUUAGCUCUGCGGAAAGAAGGAAUUGGAGUUGUGUUAGAUUCUGAGCUGCCUCACUUAAUAGGCAUUGAUGACGAUCUUCUAAGCACAGGUAUCAUCUUGUAUCAUUUGAAGGAGGGCCAAACACAUGUUGGCAGAGAUGAUGCUGCAAGAGAACAAGAUAUUGUACUUCAUGGUCUUGAUUUGGAAAGCGAGCACUGCAUUUUUGAACACUUCAAUGGAACGGUUCAUUUAAUACCACUCGAUGGAGCACAGUGUUCUAUAAAUGGAAUUCAAAUCACAGAGGCUACACAACUCAACCAAGGUGCUGUAAUAUUACUUGGGCGGACAAAUAUGUUUCGAUUCAAUCAUCCCAAGGAAGCAGCCAAACUGAGGGAGAAAAGAAAGAGUGGAUUGCUUUCUUCCUUCAGUUUAUCCAUGUCAGAUCUUUCAAAAUCUUGUGAAAACCUUUCAACAGUUAUGCUGUAUAAUCCAGGCCUUUUCCCUAUAAAAGGACCAGUCUUUUUAAGAUUAGAAUUUGAGAGACAACAAAGAGAAGAACUAGAAAAAUUAGAAAGUAAAAGGAAACUCAUAGAAGAAAUGGAGGAGAAACAAAAAACUAACAAGGCUGAAUUAGAAAGAAUGCAACAAGAAGUAGAAUCACAACGUAAAGAAACUGAAAUAGUUCAGCUGGAAAUCCGAAAACAAGAGGAGAAUCUUAAGAAGAGAAGCUUUCACAUAGAAAACAGGAUGAAAGAUUUAUUGGCAGAAAAGGAAAAAUUUGAAGAGGAGAGAUUACGGGAACAGCAGGAAAUAGAGCUUCAGAAAAAGAAGCAAGAAGAAGAAAUUUUUGGUAGCGUUAAAGAAGAACUUCAGCGAUUACAAGAGCUUAAUCAAAAUGAAAAAGCAGAGAAAAUGCAGAUCUUUCAUGAACUGGAAAAGCUUAAAAAGGAAAAAGAAGAACAGUAUUUAAAAUUAGAAGUGGAGAAAAAGAGAUUGGAAGCUCAGGAAAGAGAACAGGCAUUGUUGGUGGCAAAUCUAGAAGAACAGCUUAGAGACAAACAAAUCAUGAUACAGCUGCUAAAAAGAGGAGAUCUGCAACGAGUUGAAGAAGAGAAGAAGAACCUGGAAGACAUCAGAGAAUCUCUCUUGCGAGUCAAAGAAGCCAGAUCUGAAGCAGAGGAGGAUUGUGAAGAGUUAGAAAAGGUACAAUGUAACUUCAUGGAUUUUAAGAGAAAACAGCUAGAACAAUUGACUAAUUUAGAGGGAGAUUUGGUGCAAGAAAGAAAUCAUCUAGAAAAACAGAUGAUCGAAGAACAAGAAAAUCUGGAUCAUUUAAAACAGGUACACACAGAGCAUUUAAAUUUUGACAAAAACACACCAGAUACUGCUUUAGCUGUGGAAGAAUGUAACAAAAUAAGAUCGUGUGAAUAUAGGUUGCACCAUAAGGAACGACAACUUCUGUAUCUCAUCAAUAAUCACUUACCAGCUUUGCUGGAAGAAAAACAAAGAGCUUCUGAAGUUUUAGACAGAGGCUUGCAAAGCUUGGACAAUACACUUUAUGAAGUGGAAAAAGAAAUGGAAGAAAAAGAAGAACAGCUUGCCCAAUACAGAGCUAGUGCCAGUGAGCUGCAGCAGCUUCAAGAAACAUUUGAAUUCACGGCCAACAUAGCUCGUCAAGAAGAAAAGGUUUGGAAAAAAGAGAAAGAAAUUCUCGAAUCAAGACAAAAACAGCAGCGGGAGGCACUGGAACAAGCAGUGGCUAAGUUGGAAAGGCGGCACUCUGCUUUACUGCGCCAUUCUACCCUAGAAAUUGAGGAGCAAAAGCAGAAACUUGCAACUUUGAACAACAGUUGUAGGGAACAGGCAGGCUUGCAAGCAACAGUGGAGGCCCAGCAAAAAGCCCUGGAACAAGACCGAGAAAAUUUGGACUUGCAAAUACAGCAGUUAAAACAGAAGAUAUAUGAAGGUGAUAGAGUUGACAAGGGAUUUCCUGGAGCUGUAGAAGAGAGGCUGACUCAUAGUAGUUCCCCUUCUAACAUUUCAAAAUCUCAGUCUUUUAUGCCAUUGGUUGAUGACAGAAUAAAUACCUUUAUUGAAGAAGAAGUUCAAAGACGCCUUCAAAAUAUUCAGUACAGCUCUGGAGAAAACAAUAUCAGUCACUUACAGUCUACAGAAAGUAUAAGGGAUAAUGAGAAGUUUCACAAUGGUGCUGUUCAACGCAAGUUGAAGUAUGAGAAAAGAGAGCCUUGGAUGUCCUUUCAUGGCUUUCUGACAUUGUCUAAUGAUGACAGCAAAUAUAAUCAGGCUGGAGAAGACACAAGGGUAUCAAGAAUCAGUAGAAAGGACAAAACCAUAGGAACAUUUAAUCCUUUUUCAAGGACAAUUCAGAAUCUUGGCAUGACUCAAGGAAAUACAAAUCAAGAAAAUGAGAUAGAACAAGAGUAUGUCAGAUGGAGGUAUCCUGAUGGAUGUGAUUGGAACCAACCCAAAGACAUUAAAAGCAAGAGAAUGUGCUCGGACAGUCCCACAAAAUCACUUUCUGAUAGAUCUGGAAUGUUUGAUUUAUUAGGGAAAAAAUCAACAUUUUUUCAUUCUAGAAACAAAAGUCUGCUCAGUAAUCUUUGGGAGCAUAAGAAGACAGAAACAAAGUUUGAUUCACUUAGUUACCACCACAUGCCAGCUUCAGAGUCCAUAUUUUCUUCUGAAGUUCAGCCCGGUGCGUCCCAUUUUUGGUCUCUCCAACAAUAUUGUAACAUAAUUUCUCAAAUAAAUCAGCCGAUUUCAGACCAGACGUUGGAUGAAAAAGCAACAAAUGAAAUCAAAAGACAACUACCUGAAUCACUUAUUGGAUCAAAGCAGAAUUAUGGGCUGGGACAUCUAUUUAACUUAUUCUGUAAUUCUUACUGUGGUAUCAUUUGUCAAGAAUUUAGAAAUGGUUGGUUUUCUAAAUGGAUCAGAGAUCUAGUCAGUGUCUAUCACAAAAAUGAGAAAUGCACACAACUGGCAUCAUUUAUCAAAAACUUUCCAGUUAUUAAAGAUGUACAACUAAAUCUGAGUUUAGGUUUGAAGGUAAAUAGUGCAAGCCUUGGCCCAGGAAGGCCUUUAGGAAAAGAAAGUACCACAAAUUAUUUAUCAUCACAAAUCUCAAUUGAUAUGCAUACAGUAGAUCAUGCUAUAGAAUCUAGUAACCUUUGCAGAAAUGAUACAUUGAUUAGUAGCCUGGUGCUUAGGCAAAAAUUUGUGGACUUUUCAAACAAUCUUCUGGAAUUGCAAGAAUAUUCUUUGGAAGAACUGCUACAAUACUUGACCUCUAUCUUGCCAGAAAUUUGUGCCAAGAUAAAUGAAUUAAAAGGAAUAUACUGGAUUGCAGUGGGAAACUAUAAAAAAUCUGGACCAGAGCCUGCUUGCUUGCUUUUAUAUGAUUCUGUUUUAUAUGCCAUUAUUCCAUCAACCAAUCAGUUAGAAAGCAAUCAGAACUCUUUGGCUAUUUUUCAUGUUUUCUCAAUCAAUACUUUAAAAGAAAUCCAAAUUGGUUAUGCGGGACAAAGCAUUACACUUUUGGGUCCCCAUGUAGAAAAUGUAAUGAAACUAUUCACCUUUAACAAAUACUUUACACAAAGAAUAUGCCAUGAUAUACUUAGCACUAUGAUAUCUCCAUUAGAUCGUGCUUGCUUAAAUCACCCACUCUUAAAUGAUGAUCUGUUAAAACUUUCUGUUGAUUGGACUUCAGCAGUCACCAACUUAAUUUUAGAAAAUAACAUGUGCCUGUCGUGCAAUUUUGAGAGUGACUUAGCUGACCUGCUUUAUUUACUACAUGAAAACAUGGACAUCAACAAACCUUUUUUAGGUGACAUUCAGGUAGCGCUCUAUACAACAGUGAAAUUAGAAGGUGACAUCAGAUCCCUGGUCCUUACUAAUACUCAUAUUGGUCUUAUAAAGGAAAACAGUGCCUUCUGCCUAAUAUCUAGAGUGCUGCAUUCCAUAGACAAUCAGUCACAGUGUGUCAAAAUUCAGCUGCACUCUUUAAGUGAACUCAUAUGUGUGAUUGUCCCGGAGAAAGAGAAUCUAAGAAAAAUCGAGUUGGCAUUUUCAAAAGCAUCUAAGAUUGGUUCAGCCAGUAGUUUACUGGGUGCUUCUCAAGGAGAAGAAAAUACCCAGUUGGAAUCUGUUUCAUCCUUUUGUCACAAUCAACCUAGCAGUCAACCUGAUAUCUGGAGACUAAUUUUCAGUUCAGAUGAAGAUGCUGUUAGACUAGUGUUGCAUUUGACAGGGCAAUUAAGUCCUCUUUAGAGUUCAAAUACAACCUAGUCUUUAGGGAGGGAAAAUAUGCAUAAAACAAGUAUGUUUCUGUUUUGUCUUUGUGUCUUUUGGUGAAAAAUUGUACCAGCAUUUCAACUUUUUGUAAUUAGGUUUUUUUUAAUAAUUAUAAAUAGUUUUAUAAUACCUUAAAUGUUUCUGAUCACAGUUGCUAAAUACCAGAUUCUUUUUAGGUUAAUUAAGAAACACAUUUCUCUUCUAUACCUUUUUGCUUGUUGUGUGACAAAAAGUUGACUAGAAUUCUCUAGCUAAAAAUAUAGGAACUAAAUUUAGACUCACAUCCUUAUUGCAUAUAUCUUAGACAAUUUGCAUUUAGAACACUUCCAUUCAGACAUGACUUUAAGGUUGAGUUAUGAUGACAAUCAGUUGUGGUACAUGUCCAUACAUCUGCAAUAGGGAGAUCAGUCUUCAACUAGCAAUAAAUAAAUGGUUUAGUCAUGGAUCCAGAUGAAUAUGUGUUCUCUGUCCUUGGCCAAAAAACACUUAGCUUAAAGACAGCUGCUUGUCUUUGAAUAUAAUCUACCAUUUCUCCUUCUUACCACAUUUAUUGCCUUAUUUCCUUUUACUAAUAAAUCAUUGUCUGUUCUGAUUACUUGAAUUCUUUUUUCUAUGCUUUACAAGUUAUUUGAAACUAUCAGUGUAUAGUUUUUCAUAAAUAAAGGCUGAAUUCUGAAUAUAUGCUGCAAAUUAAGACUACUUAGCCCAUUUUUCACUUGUUAAGUGUGAAUUACUGUGUAUUGUUUAGAGACUGCCUUAAUAAUUAUUUCACUGAACAGUAGUAUAUUUUAAAAUUUUAAAAAACAAACAUGUAAAAGUAUAUAGGAUAGAUGGGUCUUGACAGAAAAAUGUAGUUAGCUUUUAAGUCUAGAGAGAGAGAGCAAUACAGACACUCUUUCUCGCUUUGAAAUUUCUUCUUAACAAAAUUCUCUGGUUAUCUUAUUAAAUUUGCUCUUAAGCUAUCCUGUUAUAGUGUACAUAAAAACUGUAAUAUUUGUAAUAGCCUUUAAAAAUGGAAUUACUAAGUUGAAGUUAUAGUGGGAAUAUAUUGUUACAGUAUGGUUCAAAAUUCUUGGGGAGCUGGGGGGAUAUUUUGGCUUUGUUUAAAUACAAAGGGGGAAUAUAAGAUAGCAUGUAGAGGAGAUAGAGCCAAGGACACUAAAGAUUGCCUAUGUUUAGAUAUUGCUUCAAGAAUGCAACCUGACAUUCUGCUGGCUUUCACUUCUGUAAUAAUGCAGCAAGACUAUUAACAGCACAGCCUUUGCCUCCAAUUCUCAACCUUCCUUUUAAUCUUCUAUCUUAAUUAAGUAAAAGAAAUUAAUACAUAUAUAUAUUGCUUCAGUUCCACUUAUUUUACAUAUUAAAAAAAAGAAAAGCAGAAAAAACUUUUAUAACUGAUCUGUUUAGAUCAAUUACACCUUUACAACUUUGCCUACUGGAAUAUAAUUUAAAAGAAUUAGCUAAUUAAUGAAAACCAAAAAUAAAAUUAAUGUUUAAGUAACUUCUGUCCAAAAAAGGCUCCUGUAGCACAGGAUCACUUUCCAUAUUGUAUUUUGAGUAAAGAGCCUCUGUUAAAAGUCCUCUAGAUACGAUAUUCUUUUUGUUGAAUUAAUUUUUAAUUUCUACAAUUAAUUUUUAAUUUAAACAAAUUUGACAUCAGAUGCCGAAAUGGUUUCCUACUGAUUUUCAUGCUUGGAUACUCCAGGCCGUUAUUCCAUGCUUUCCUUUAUUGUUGAACAUCUAAAUAUAUUUUAACAACUAUUUAUUUUAGAUUUAUUGUUUGGGGAAAAAAAGUUACAUUCUCUUGUACUAAAGGGGCUCUGAAGCAUUUAGUGCAACUGACCUAUAUCCAUAGGUCAAAGAUGCUAACAACUCCAGGCCCCAUCUAUUAAAAGCUGUCAUGGGACUGAGGAAGUGUGCUUUCUCUGUCAUGGUCCCUACCUUUUGGAACAGCAAUCCCAUCCAGAGGUACAGAUGGAAACCUCUCUCCUGGGAUUCAGGAAAGCCUUUAAGAUAGGUCUACGGUUAAUUUGUUUAUAAGCCUCCUGUUGUGGCUGUUUGUUACUGCCAUGGUUGUGUUAGUUUGGUCUCUGUGAUAUUUUAUGAUUUUAACUGUUUUAUUAUUUUGGAUUAUUAUAAACUGCCUAAAGACUCUAGGAGUAGACAGUCAUUUAAUCCUAUUAAUUGAUGUCUGGAAGUGCUUGUCAAAACAUGGUCUGAUUACAGGUGGUUUGUACAGAUCUUCCUUGUGCUAUACAACAGUCUCCCCAUUGCUCACUGCUGAAAACCUAUGCAGAGAUUCAAUCCUUCUUCCCUGUUAGCUAACUUCCAACAGUUAGCUGUCCUUAGGCCACUUUCUAAUUUAGACCUUACUCUACCCAUUCAUCAGAAGGAUGCUAGCCAAAGCUCACUUUCAAACCCAUCCAUAUAUCCUCCAUAUAUCGUGUCUCCCCACAUUCACCAUCAGACAAUUUGUGAAAACAGAUUCUGAGUGAAAACUGAUUAAUUGCAGCAUAUAAGCACCAAUACUUGUAACAAUCAAAUUCAGAACACUGGCAGUAGUGAACAGGUCUUAAGUUCAGUUACUAACCAUGAGUUCACACAUGCCAAAUGGAACUGUGGAAUUAUGAUUUAAUAAAACCAAGCUCCAAAAUGCAAAAUUCUGUUUAAAAAAAUGGAAUUUUAUUGAACUGGAGAUCUAUGCAUCCCUAAUCCAUUAAUAUUCAGAGAUUUCUCUUCAAGAAGAUUCUUGCCAGUGUGUUUGUGCUAAGAAUUGAUGUUACUAUGUCAGAGUAUACAUAAAAUAAUUCAAGUUGUAACAAAUACUUAAUUUGGAUCUAGUGGAAAAAUAUAAAGGUUUUAAAAAUGAUAGGGAUGGGAAGGUAUACACAAAUGCAAUAAUUAUCUUAUUCUCUGAGAAACAUGAACUCCUUUGUUCUUAAAGAGAAAAAUGUAGGGAAAUUGUGUUUAAUUGGACUGUGUUAUAACAAUUAAUUCCCAAAUACCUUCUAGGAGAGCCAUGUUUUUUUCUGUUCUGAAAGGCUGUGAGGUGGGAACUAAAUAAAUUUCAAAAAGGAAGCUGUUCAGAGGAGGCUAUAAUUGAAAUUAUAACCUGCCAUUGGAACACCUUAUUCCUUCUGGUAUGUGGGGAUUCUCAGCUGGUAGGAUGACUGAAACUAUUGGGGAAAAAAAAAAGUAGUCCCCAGAAUGCCCAGAGCCAAUAGACCUUUUUAGGAAACAACCAACAUCUUGAAUUACACCUGGAAAUUUAAUGGUCACCAGUGCAGCUUGUGCAAUAGAGAUAUGUGGCAGUGCCUUGACUGACCACUGACUAUGUGUACUGCUGCAUGCUGGACUUGCUUAAGUUUCUGGGUAAUCUUCAAAGGCUGUAGAGUGAAUCACAAGAGAUUAUGAGGGCAUAAGCAACCAUCUUCAGUCCAUCCUGUUUCAGAUAAGGAUGCAGUUAGUACAUCACCUGAAGUUAUGCAAAAACCCUCCUGGCCAUGAUAUUUCUCUCCUCUUCAAGCAUGAACUUUGAGUCUAGGAGGAGGACUUCAUGGUCAUGCUGCCUCCCUCUCAGGGAGCAUGACCAUCAAGAGCCAGAAAUGAUACAGCACUGGAAUCAAGUCAUUCCAUGUGUCCUGAGGGGUAUAAUAAAGGUUUGCUUCCUGAGUGGUUCAAAGCUGGUGGGGUUAGAAUAGAUGGUAUUCAUAAUGAACCCCAUAUGGUCAUGGCCAUUACCUAAGGAACAAGGAGAUUAAUGGACGAAGCUGAAGAUAAAGAGAAUGACAGGCAGGCAGAGAAACCAAACUGAGGAAACUGAGCUAGUGGAAAGAGAAAGUAAAGGUAUCCAGCCAAGAGAUGGUAAACAGGAUGUAAUGGAGAUUAAUGAGACAGAGUGUACAGAGGCAGUAGAUAAUGACCGUAGGAGUAGUUCCAACAGCUAUAGUAGUAAUGGUAUUAGUAGCGUGUGUAGCAAUGAGAGUAGGAAUCGAAGCUGGAGGCAAGGACAUAAUGGAAAUAGAGAGCAUCGUGAAUAUGUGAAAGCAUUCAUCUGUUCAGCUUUAAUUGGGAGGAGUGUCAGAGUAAUGAUUUAAAGCUGACCAGCCGCUGUAAGGCUGUGGAUCAAGAUGAGUUAGCAGGGUUAUUGCCCCUUUAAGAAGCUGUCUAUAUAAGGGAGGCUAUUAGAGGGUGUCUCUCUCUCUCCUCCCCACCCCUCCGUCUCUCUCUUUCUCUCUCCCCCUCCCCUCAUGUAGCUCUCCCCUUGUUGGGUUCUAUCUGCAUUGUAGUUUUCCAUGUAGAGUUGAAGAUUGAUUGAUUGCCUGGUAUGUGCCUACCACUUGUGUGUGUGUGUGUAUGUAUGUAGAAGUCUUGUAUAUAAACCACUGUUUGUAAUGACAAAACCUCUGUUUUCUGUAUUUUGUUCCUGGUUAUCUCAAACGAGUAGUCACACUGUAAAUACUCUGACACCAUGCAUCAACAAUCACUCUCUCUUGUUUGGGUUGAAUGAACAUGUUUUUCUCCAU